UCAUGAAGACAGAGAGAAAGGUGCGAUAUGCAAUAUGAUACCUUCUCCCUGUCCUCACCUCCGUCCCAAAACGGGGGAAGGGCAGUGCCCAGCACUGACAACUGCAUUGCCUCAAACUCAGCUCCCAACCCUUGGACAGGAUAGCAUCCCUGUGGCCAGAGGCCCUGAAGUCUGAAGCGGCGCCAUGGAGGGCUCCGUGCUGAGCCCCACGUCCUGGGAGAGACGCAGGGCCUGGCUCCGUCAGAGCCGGCACUGGCAGACCCAGGUCCUGGAGGAAGAGGCUGCAGCGGCCCUGCAGAAUGUCCCAGAUGCCGAGCCCUCUGGCCUGGAUGACGUUUUCCAGGAAGGAAAUCCAAUCAACAAGAUUGAAGACUGGCUGCAAGAUUGCGGAUACUCUGAAGAAGGGUUUUUUGAGGAAGCAGGACAGUCGAACUACAAUGGGUGCCCCAGCCAUGGAACCAGCUUUGAAGAUGACUUGAGCCUUGGAGCAGAGGGUAAGUGGCACAGCUCUUUGAGGUUGGGAUUGAGGAAGCUGCUAUCCACCGGAUGAAUGAAGAUAGACUGGAAGGGGAGAACUGCAGAAAGAAGCAGCACAUCCAUGGCGUCUUCUCUGCAGGGAAAGAGCAAUCCCAUAUGAUCUAAUGGAAAACUCAGAAAGCAUCACAUGCCCAGAAAUGUCUGCUCACCAGCCUAUCAAGACAUUUACUUGUUCAUCAUUGGAGCUUUCCUUUGGCCCCUGGGAAGAUAAUAUAUAAAAUCACCAUAAAGUUGGCUGCCCAGACAUCUUUGAAAUGGUUUUCUAUAUAGAAGCCCCAAGCAGUCUGAGUACUGGGUGUAAGAGAGAGAUUACAUUGGAGGAAGAUAAAGGCUGAAAUGAAGGAUGGAGAUAUAGCAACCCGCCUGUGUCUUCUGGGACCCUUAGAGACACAUGUGGUGAAGCAGGAACGCUAGCCUGGUGGCCUGAAUGACUGUCCUCCUCAGGACAGAGAAACUCUUGUCUGGACACCAGGCAUGGUUCAGAAGCUCAAAGGCUCGGGGCCAGUUUUUCCUCUGCCAUGUUUGUCCCCCUUCCAGGUCUAUGUUUGAUAAUCUUCAUAUACUUUCCUAAAGAACAGGGUUCAUAGGGUUUAUGGGCCUGCAGUAGUAGCAGAGAGGAGCAGAAGGGGCUGAGGUUUAAGUUCAGAGGGGCAGCUCAGAUGAUUUUCAUUUUCCCUUCUAACUGUGUCUUUCUAUUACUUGUCCAGCCACACUUUUGGCCGCCAGCAGCAAACUCUACUCCAGGUAAGUGUUAGUUUCAGCCAGGCUGAGUGAUGUCUCUUUCAGGAGCUACUGAAUUGGGGUGGGCAUCAGAGUCCAAGAGAUUAAAAACAAAGAGCUGCAGUUUUAUAAUAGAGAGUGAAAUUUCCAACCAGAAAUGAGACCAUAGAUUCAGUUUUUAUAGUAGAUGGUUCAAACAUACCCAGCAGGGAGUGACUGUGCCCGCAGGGCAUGUCUGGAAGCCAGAGUACAGACAUUGCUCACAAGAUUAGUGUGACUUCAGCAUUGAUUCCUGCAGGAGCUUCCUGGAGACAUCCCGGCCCGGACAGCUACUAGAUCUUGGCUGCAGUUUGGCUUCCAGCAGCAUGACUGGUGGGACCAACAAGACUAGUUCAAGCAUCUCAGAGAUUCUGGACAAGGUGCAAGAAGAUGCAGAAGAUGUCCUUUUCAGCCUGGGCUUUGGUCAGGAGGACCACAAAGACACUUCUCGAAUCCCUGCUCGAUUUUUCACCACCCCCUCUCAAGCCAAAGGCAUUGAUUUCCAGCUCUUCCUGAAGUCCCAAGUGCGGAGGAUUGAGAUGGAGGACCCUUGCCUCAUGCUGGCCAGCAGGUUUAAGCAAGUGCAAACACUGGCCGUCACCGCAGAUGCCUUCUUCUGUCUCUACUCCUACGUGUCUAAGACACCUGUCCAAAAGUUCACACCAUCCCACAUGUUCUGGAAUUGCAACCCAGCUGACAUGCCAUCCAUCAAGAUUCUGUCCCCAGAGCCUGAACCUCACUCACCCAGAGAGCGCCUCCGGAAAGCCAUCUCCAAAAUGUGCCUGUACACGUGCCCACGAGAUAGACUGUCCCCACCCGACUACACUCCCAAAAGGAACAGUUUGGACCAGGUGGUGUGGGAGGUGAUGGACAGAGUGAGAGGAGAGAAGCUGGUCCUCCAGCAAGACUCUGGGUUUGGACCAGGCCCACGGGGAGAUCCCUUGCCCCCUACCAAGGGCACAAAACUGCCUACUUCUUACUGCCCAUGUGUCCUCUGCCUUAAAGAAGAAACACAGCAGGGGAUGUCCACAUGGCAAGAACCUUCAGAAACUCUGGGUUCUGACCUCAGGAUGCCAUGUUGCUCACAUCCUCUGCCCAGAGCAGAUCUGCAGUGGAGCACAGACCCUGUGCAGGAACAGAGAGAGCUGUGGGGGCUGCAGGCCAGCAGUAAGGAGGCCCCCUCGGUCCAGGAAGGUGCCUUCUGGACAAGAAAGAGCAGAGCACGAAAGAGUCUGUUUCAGAAGAAUCCCACGGGCAAGAAGGUUAACUCACUGGACCUGUCCAUCAUCCAGCAGAAAUGGAAACAGAGUCAAGAGGGAACAGAAAUGCACCGAUCCCUAACUGAGCAGUGGCAGGACACUUGGGACUUGGAGGUGCAAAGCAACAGUGAGGAGGAGGACAGCCACUGGCCCAGCAGACCUGGACAUCACCACCUCUACCAGACUUUUGCUGGCGAAGACUCCAGAAGCUUUCACCACCACCACAACCACAGCACAUGCUCUGACAGCAGCGACUUCACACAAGAGCCUAAUUCCCACCUCUUCUCACAGGAGGCUCUAUAGCCUCCAACAUCCAGCUCCUGCUCCCUGGCCCUGCAAACUGCUGACCUCAAUAAGAGAAAAGCAAGAUGGUGCACCAGACAGAAGACCAGAGUGAGAGACUUGGAAUCUCCAUCCUGAUGCUGUCAUGAAGAGUAUGCACAGAGAUAGACCUUAAUCAGUCACUUCAUUUCUCUGCACUUUGGUUUUUCUAUGUGGGUAUUAGAAUACAUGAUAUAUAUGAUAUGGACAGUGGUAACCUAGACAAAGAAUUUUCUCUCAAGCUUCGACACUGCCCAGGGCAGUUAGUAGAUUGAAGGAUAAUCAAAUUUGAGAAACAAGGGUGCUACUGGAAUACUCUCAAGCUAAAUGAGGAAAGACAAUUCCCACUUUCAGGCUCUGAAACCUUGGUGCAAUCUACAGUGGGAUUCCCUCGGAGCUUCUUCUCAUCCCUCUGUGCUCCCAAUUAAAUUCCAGGAAGUCUUCCACCGUA